CCUUGUUGUGUCUACUUAAGUCUUAUGAAAGUAUCACGACGUCGCACCACGAUGGCCAGAGAGGAGCGAGAAAGGAACUCAGUGGUAAGCAUACCCGGUCGACUGUUUUCCUGUCCACCGCCCAACUGCUGCUCAACCAACCAGAGAGCCAGCCAACAGCACCUGCACAAAUCACGGGCUGCAGUAGCUAGCUGUGUAUGAACUAUCAGCUGUUCAGGUGCUCUCUGGUACAGGUCACUAGGUAGGGAGGGGUGGGGCUCACUUUUCUUAAUUGCUUCCCUGGUCUACAUACCUAGGUAGUGUAGACGUGAGCGCCAUGACUUAUUGGAGCAGGCCAGAGACCAUUGCCGCGAAAUGUCUCUACUGGUCAUCGACAUUGAAAGAGCAUUGUUUUAUGUAUAUGUAUGUAUGUAUUAUACAUGUGUAUACAUACGUAUGUGCUUAUAUAUCGUAUUGGCGCAACCUCGAGCGGUAUCGUCUGGUCCUGGCUGCGUGCAUCUCCCCUGAUAAGCUUUGACUGGCAGCGGAGCAGUCAUGCUCUGUGACGUCUUUUUUCAGAGCGACCCCUGCCCGAAAUGUGAGGUGCCGCCUGCCAGUCUCGCGACAUGACCAGGAAUCUGGGGCGGUCAGUCACCAACACGUGUAAAUCAUCACCAGCUCCUCAACGUGUUCCAGACCUCUUUUUGUUUCCUCCCACCUCACCACACCGCUCAACUAUCCCCGCACCAUCCACGCCCUCGCCAGGUUGCUGUUCAGGCUACGGUGUGCUUGAACACUACACAUCGAACGACCUAUUUUAGUGGCCCAGGCGCAUCUUUCGGCCCUUCGUACCCGGAUCGUCCCUCUCUAACCAACGACACCGUGAAGAUCUUCCGGUAACCCUUAGGAGGCCGUCCACCGCCGUCUUUUCUUUACCAGUUCUUAGAAGAGCAACCAAUCUUCCUCAGCUGGACGCUGUUCACAAGCCUUACCCUCGAGCGAUCGCUCCAACUCCCUGCCUCGAUCACAAGGGUUGCUUCUUCGAAAGAUCACCAACAAGAAGCUACCACGACCGACACGUCGAGAGUCACUCAGUAUUGAGCUCAGUCGGAGAUGGCCGAUUCAAGACCACACGAUGUACCCAAAGCAAAGGGCGAAGAUGCGCGUGCUGACAGCGAUGCUGUCUUCACUUUCGAUUCGACCAAGGCGCAGUCUGUCCUUAGCUCCUCCCCUCCAGACCAAGAAGUUCUUCAGACGCCAACUCUAGGCCCUGUCAACCCUGAAAGCCCCAAGCUGUCAAGGAAUCCGUCGUUUUCUGGCAGCAGUUCCUACCAAGAAGACUGGGACGUGUUCCCGCCGCUGGACCGCAUCUCUGUCCUUGACCUUCUCGACAACUUCGCCUUGCCUCAACAGCUCGAGAAGCUACAGAAGGGCAUCUCUGCACAGACGCAAAAGGUUCGCAAGUCAAGAGAUGCCUUCAAAAACAAGAGCCAGCAUGCCCAGAAACGAGUGGUGGAGGAAUGGCGCCGCCGCGUCCCCACCGCUGAGGAACAGCUCGAGAGGUACAGGAAGCGGAUGCGCACCAGCGUGGACAGGCUUGGGAAGCAGUGGAAUGACACCAGAGUGGUCACGUUGCGUGAGAAGGUAUCAUUUAUCUUUGGCGUCAUGAACAUCUUUGUGAGCGGUCUUCUCAUGGGAGGCUGGCCCCAGUAUUUCCACCUGUGGUACACCGUCCAAGUCAUGUACUUCAUGCCCAUCCGCUACUUCACCUACCACCGCCGCGGUUACCACUACUUCCUAGCGGAUCUAUGUUACUUCGUCAACCUACUCUUGGUUCUCAGCAUCUGGAUUUUCCCCAGCUCAAAGCGACUCUUCCUGGCUACCUACUGUCUCGCGUUUGGUAACAACGCCGUGGCCAUCAUUAUGUGGAGAAACUCGCUCGUCUUCCACAGUUUCGACAAGGUCACCUCACUCUUCAUCCACAUCAUGCCCUGCGCAACGCUUCAUUGCAUAGUCCAUCUGUGGUCUGAGGAGCUUCAGGCCAGCCGCCUCCCCGCUAUCUGGACAAUUCAACACUCUCCGGCUGGUUCGCCCACAGCCUAUGGAAAUAUCGUCUCUAUGCUGGCCUGGAGCUCCAUCCCUUAUGCCAUCUGGCAGCUAUCAUAUUACUUCUUCAUCACCGUUCGCAGACGCGACAAGAUUGCUGCAGGGCGGCCAACAUCAUUCACGUGGCUGCGGAAGUCAUACUCCAAGAGCUGGAUCGGCAAGGUUGUUCUUUCGCUGCCGGACUCCCUGCAAGAGUCGGCCUUCAUGUUGAUUCAGUACUCUUAUGCGGUGCUUACUAUGCUUCCGUGUCCCAUCUGGUUCAUGAGCAGAUACGCCUCGGCGGGCUUCCUCACAGUUGUCUUUACAUGGAGUGUUUAUAACGGAGCUACCUACUACAUCGACGUCUUCGGAACACGCUUCCAGAAGGAACUCGAGGUUCUCAGGGCUGAGGUGAGGCAGUGGCAAAACACCCCUGAGAUGGGCGGUCACUCGCCUCUGAUGACGCCCAACCCUGAGGGGUCCGCUCCGAGUGAGCUUCUUCUGACAAGCAUUAACGACCCAACGAACGACGUCAAUCUCGAACAUGACUUCAAGCACGAGAACGCAGUAGUAGUGGAGAGCAGUAAGGCGGGCGGUCUCUCGGACCGAAUUCCGUUUUUGGGCGAAGAGCUUUCGACCCUAGCGGAUACCACAGGCGUGGACGGGGGAGCGAGAGAUGUCGCUAGAGAGAGGAAGGCAAGGUGAAGCUGAAUCAGAAUGGACAGGCCUUUCUCUUCUAUGUUGGGGGUCACGUGUAGAGGAAAGGUUCGAGAGUUGAACCGUCGUAACGAAUUUCUUUCCUCUUGAUCUUUGGAUGGUUCAUAGCUAUUGAGGACUUGGCACGGCUUAUUUCCUUGUUGAGGAUGUGUGGUAUGUAUAGGUAUGUAUAUUG